AUGUCAUUGCCUCAAGCUAAACUCACUUACAAAGCUUACGCUUACAAGAACGGAAGCAGUCCAAUCAAGAUUGUUCAAGAAACAAUUGAUUUGGUGAAAAACCCUAAUGGUCAGGGGUACAUUGCCCCACCAGGCCAAAUCUUACUCAAGAUCAACUAUGCUUCGUUGAAUCCGGUCGAUUACAAGUUGUACAAGAUUAAACCAUCGUUUAUUGGUUGGUUUAACCCAAAGCAAGGUUUUGGUCGUGAUUUCGCUGGUGAAGUUAUUUCGAUUGGUCAAGGCACACAAACCAAUGUCAAGGUUGGCGACUAUGCUGAAGGUAUCUAUACUCCAAAAACUGGUAAAGGGUCAGCAGCAGAGUACUUGUUACUUGAUCCAAAGACUUCGCCAAUCACCACUAAACCAACAAACAUUGACCUUGCUGAAGCGUCCGCUUUCCCCCUCGUUUUGGGAACCGCUUUGCAAUUGGUUGAAAGAGGCGGAAUCAAGUUGGCCAAUAGCAAAGUUCUUGUCAUUGGAGCUGGUACUUCAGUUGGUAGAUAUGUUGUUCAAUUGGCUAGAAAUGGAGGUGCCAAAGAAGUUGUUACAACAAACUCACCAAGAACUGCAGACUUGAUUCAGAGCUUGGGAGCUACUUCUCAAAUUGACUACAGAAAGAACCCCAACUUGUUACAACCAGUGUUGGAAAGUGUCAAGUCCAGUGGUCAAUUUGAUUACAUCAUUGAUUGUUGGGGUGGUGAUGACCUAUUUGCAGAGAUCAACACAAUCAUCAGAAAAGGUGGAGUUUACAACACAAUUGUUGGUGAUGCACCAGGAACCGGACUUGCUGCGUUACUUGGAGGUAUCAGAUCCAUUUCCAGAACCAUUGGAUCUAAGUUGGGUUUGUUAAACUACAAAUAUGAAUUGAUGUUGUUGGAUAACAAUUCGGGUUGGAUCGACCAGGCCAGAGAUUUGAUCGGUGAAGAGAAGUUGAAGGUUUUCAUUGAUUCAAUUUGGCCUUUUGAUCAAUUGAAUGAUGCCAUUGAGAAGUUGGAAAGUGGCCGUGCUCAAGGAAAGAUUGUGUUGGAAGUGUCCAAGCCAGACGGCCCAACAAGAGGUGGACCUGUCAGUGAAUAUAAUCCAGAUCCAUUCAAUUAA